AUGGGCAGACCGUCCAUCUCGUCGCAACGCAGCAAUGAGAGGAGCCCGCUCCUUACCGCACAGCCGUCAUCGUCGGGCUUGGUGUCGGAAGAUGCGAUCCCGUCGCGCUCUUUAACGCCGACCUACACGGCGGCGGCAUCAACGCCUCGAUCUCGCAAGCUCUCGACCACCAACAGGAAUUCCUUGGACCACGACUCUGUUCCAGAGACGGCGCGACUGCUGGACCAGUCUCUCGAAAGCCCCUCUCGGCAUCAUGACAUCGCAGACAUCGAGCAGCGCGCUUCUGAGGACGGUGAACAAAUCCCUUUCCCCUCCCAAACGGAUCCGGCCAAGCCUCUUCGUCCCAACAACUAUCGCAGAGAGAAGAACGUCUCCAAGCUCAGAGGUUUCGUCGCGCGCAACGAAGGCAUCCUCCUCCUCGCACUCGCGCAGCUCUUUUUCUCCACAAUGAACUUCUUCUUCAAGCUCAUCAACCUGCUUCCGCCAGAGGAAAGCCCGCCCGUCACGGCGCUCGAGAUCAUCUUCAUCCGCAUGUCCAUCACCUGGGUCGGUUGCGUCGCCUUCAUGCUUGCCAGCGGCGUAGAGAACCCGUUCCUCGGUCCCAAAGAAGUGCGCAAACUUCUGGCGCUCCGAGGAUUCGUCGGCUUUUUCGGUCUUUUUGGAUUGUACUACUCGUUGCAGUACUUGUCACUCGCCGAUGCUACCGUGAUCACCUUUCUCGGGCCUCUCGCAACGGGACUGCUUGGCUUCCUCGUUCUCGGCGAGCCCUUCACCGUGCGCGAGACGCUGGGAGGUGUCAUCAGUCUCUCGGGCGUUGUGCUCAUCGCUCGUCCGGCCUUCAUCUUUGGCCGAAAGACGGCGGAUUCCGACCUCGAUAAUCCCUUGGUCAACUUGGCGAAUACCACCCUGGCCGAAAACAACUCGACACUCAAGGUCGGUGAGGCUAUCGCCAAGCUUGUCAACGUGACAUCAGUCGAUCUCGUCCGCCGUAGCAACAGCACACUUCUGCAAGGCGAUUUGUCGGUCGAAGGGGUCACCGAGAAGCAACGCUUGUUUGCAGUAGGUCUCGCACUGCUUGGGGUAUGUGGUGGCGCAGGAGCGUACAUUACCAUCCGUGCCAUCGGUCGACGUGCAUCUGCGACACACUCGGUAGCCUACUUUUCACUCUACUCGACCAUCGUCAGUGCCGCACUCAUGUGGUUCACCGACACCAAAUUCGUGCUGCCCACACAACCAAAGUGGAUCGCACUACUCGUGUGCGUAGGCAUCUUCGGUCUAGCUGCCCAAAUUUUGUUGGCGAUGGGAUUGCAGCGCGAGAAAGCAGGAAGAGCAGUGUCAGUGACGUACCUCCAAAUCGUGUAUGCGUCGCUGUACCAGCUUGUCUUCCUGCAUGUGCCGAUUCAGCCACUCAGCGCGAUCGGUAUGGCCGUCAUCCUCGUCUCAGCAGGUUGGGUAGCUGCGGCAAAGGCUUGA